AGGAGCCUUACGAAUGCAAUGACUGUGACACAGUUCCUUUACCCACUAUUAACCAUUUAGAAGGCAUCAUAAAACUCAUUCUUUAGAGAUAUUGUAUGCAAAGAUUAUGGGAAAUGCUGAGUCCUCCAUCAGGGCUGCUCAUGAACAUGCAUGAAAUCACAAUGAACUGAAACUCUAUGAAAUCCCAGGAAACUGGAAAGUGGAGUGCGUGGAGCUUGGCUUCCAGUAUGAUUUUUGAGCCAUUCCAACUUAGAACACAAAGGAAUUUAAACAAUAAGCCAGACAUAAAAAUACCUUGUUUGAAAACUAUUUUUACAACAAAACAAAUGCAGAAUGUUCUGAGAUUGUCUUCCAAUUCAGCUCUGUAUUCUAUGAUAGCCUUGGGCAUGAUGACUGCAUCAUAGAAGCUGUGAUGACUCAUGACUGCUCCAUGAGUUCAGGCCUAUAAGUCUCCCUCAUGGAAGAACUCUCCAGUAUUCACCCCAAUUCCUGGCCCUGGGUUUGUUUUUAUUAACAAGACCUUUUAUUAACAAGGCCUCUUAGGGCCUUGAAGAGACACUUAACCCAUCCUUCCCAUCCCUCAAGAUUUUACUGCUAACAGUGAACUAGCUUGGGACAUCUCAGAUGUGUGUCCGCAUCCAAGGGGUUUCUGCACAGUGUAUGUGGUGAUAUUGUGUCCCCCAAUAUAUUGUGCACCCUAAUAAACUUAUCUGGGGUCAGAGAACAGAACAGCCACUAGAUAGACAUAGAGGCCAGAAAAUGGUGGCACACACACCUUUAAUCCUAGCAUUCUGGAGGCAGUGAUCCAUCAAGAUCUCUGUGAGUUGAAAGCCACACUGGAAACAGUCAGGCGUGGUGACACACACCUUUAAUCUCAGGAAGUGAUGGCAGGAAGCAUAAAGUUAUGUAAAGCAUGAAAACCAGGAACUAGAGCCAGAUUAAGCUUUUAGGCUUUUGAGCAGCAGUUCAGCUGAGAUCCUUUCGGAUGAGGAUACAGAGGGUUCCAGUUUGAGGAAACGAGAUCAACUGAGGAGUUGGUGAGGUGAGGUCAGCUGUGGUUUGUGUUCUGUCUCUCUGAUCUUUCAGUAUUCACCCCAAUACCUGGCCCUGGGUUUGUUUUUAUUAACAAGACCUUUUAAGAUUCAUGUUACAGUGUAGAUUUUUAAAAUUGUCAAUGCAUCUGUCUUUGAGUCAUUUCUAUUCCUGUAUCUAACACCUAUUCCAUAAUUUUGUAAGUAACACCUUCUAUUUACAUAUUCUUGUCAAUAAAACUCAUUGGUUCAGCAAGUGGGGCUUUAGUGUUCUCUAACUAUUGUUUCUCAUCAGUUUCCCAUCUGGAGUAAAUAGAAAUUUGUCCACAUUUCACCCAGAAUUGUGUCUCACAGCACCACCUGUGACUGAAGGACAAUAUAGGGAAUGCUAUAUGGGCUUAUAUAACAGGAAUUGGAUGGAGUUAUUUUCUUAGUUGAAUUUCCCUCUUCCUCAGUUAUUAGGUAUUGUUUCAAAUUGUCUAGAAAUGCUAACCAGUAAAAGGGAAUGGAGUUCAAGUGGAUGAAAAGUGGGUAGGGAAGUAAUUAAUAAAAAAUUCAGGGGUUGGGGAUUUAGCUCAGUGGUAGAGUGCUUGCCUAGCAAGUGCAAGGCCCUGGGUUUGGUCCUCAGCUCUGAAAAAAAAAAAAGAAAAAAUUCAAAGCCUCUUACUGCCUGUCUUCUGAAUCCAUGAGACAUGAAGUUUUAAUGAGAUCUGUCUGAGGGCCUUACAAGUAGAGAAGCUGAGUGAUAUAAAUAACAAUUGCCUUUGAGACAGAGAUUGUGGAAAUCAAGACUGAAAUAGAAAUAUCUGUAUUUGAGAGAUGGGCUGAUCACAUGUAAAGUAUUGGAGUAAACCUAUUGUGUAGUAUUUUCCUUACAUUUAAAACCUUACAUUUUGGAGGAAGCUUGUUUGAUCACAGGAUGCUAAAAGCAGGUGAAACAACAGGAUAUUUUAUGAUAGAGUGUGUACUGCCAAGUUUAAUAACACGAUGCCCUAAGGGGACAUGAAACAUUCCAUCCACCCUGUAGGAUUGCUCCUUAAGCUCAGGAAGUAAACAACUGAAUGGAUUCAGGAAGUAAAUGAAAGGCACAAGAUUGACAGGGCCCCUUGUCCUCAGGCAUAAAUAAGAGGUAAGGACUGAGGACAGAAUUUUUUUUAAAAGGGGUGCUGCUUAAUAAGUCUCAGACAUCUUAGAUGCUUGGAAGAGACAGAAUAGUCAAGCAACCUGGACAAGCAGACAUCAAAACUGAACAUGAGAAGCAAAGAACAGCCAUACUUACUGAAAAAGACUUGGGCCAAAUAAAAACCUGGAAAUAACAUUCUGAAAACUGUUCGUCUGCCUUUAAGCUGUUCAAUGCACCCGAGGUUUACAGCUUUUGUGAGCCAUCAUGGAUGGAUUUUGUUGAUAUUGAUGUGUUAGAGCAUUUUCUCUCUCAUAUCUAAUCCUAACUCGUAUUCUUAUAAGUUACUCCAUUAACAUUGAUUACCAGACAUCCACCAAGUAGAUGUGUCUGUCAAUCGACUGUGGUCUGUCAUCGGGUCCCAGCCUGAAAGAAGAACUUGGUUCAUAUCUCCCAGCAAUGGUGUCUCAAAACAAUUCCUAGGACGGAGAGAAAAUGAAGGAAAGGAGAGGAAAGGAUUGGUCCUUAGAAUUCUAGUAGGUGAUACCAAUCUUCCCAUGCAGGGCAGGCCUUUGUUCACAAGCAAAUUGAGAAGGAAGUAAUUUCAGUAAGUCCCUGGUACAAGACUGAAGGCUUUUUAGAGUUCCAUGGAGGGACACAAUCUUUGUGAGGCUGGAUAUACUGCAACAGAUCUUAAUGGAUCAGACCCACAUUUAAGUAAUUAUCACAGUGUAGGAGCUGGAAACAAAGAAACAACAAAAUAGGGCUUAUCUAGAUGAAUCAUAGUAAUUGUGUAUUUUUCACUGGGUUUCUUUUUAUCUUUGUUUGUUUGUUUUGUUUUAUUUUUUGAGAUAGGGUUUCUCUAUGUAGCUUUGGAGCCUGUCCUCGAACUCGCUCUGUAGACCAGGUUAGUCUCAAACUCAUAGAGACCCACCUGCCACUGCCUCCCAAGUGCUGGGGAAUUAAAGGUGUGUGCCACCACUACCCAGCUCUUUUUUUCAUUUAAAGAGUUUAUUAUUUAUGGCUUUCUUAUUUUUAUAUUAAUUUUAAUUUCUCCGUUGCAAAUUUCUUACAUGUAUGCAAUGCAUCUUCAUCAUAUCCACAUUUCACUACCCUAUCAAACAUUAUCCCAAGACCCCUUCCAUAACACCCUCCUGCAGACUUCAUUUUAGUCUUUUUUAAUAUUCUAUUUGCUUAAUUAUUUGGCCAUUUUAUCUUAGUGCUAUGAAUAUAUGCAUGAGUAUGUGGCCAUUCACUGGGAGAUAAAGAGUCCACCAGUGUCCACACUCUCAAAGAAAACAGACUCUUCCUUCUGUAGUAUCCAACAAUUGUUCGUAGCUCCUCAGCCAGAGGUGAGAUAUCAUCAGUAGCUCCUUACCUCUGCCAUGCUGCAAUUUUAAUUGACUCACUAUUUUCAGGUCUUCUAUAUAACCGUAGCUACUGUGAGUUCGUGUGUGCUACAACUAUGUGUAGAUGUAACCAACCAUCUUAUUAAAUAAGAAACACAGAGCUGAUUCAGAGAAGAAAGCCAAGAGGUCAAAGCUAAGAGACUUACCCUUCCUGCUUCAGCCAAGAGAGCUCUCCGAAAAGGACCUACUUCCUGUGUGUAUGUCUUUAUAUAGUCUAGCUGUUUUGCCUUCUCAUUGGUUGUAAACCCAAACACGUGACUGCCUCAUCACUGCUUGUAUGUACAGUCCUCCAGGUCCUCUAUGGUAUUGAGAUUAAAGGCAUAUGCCACCGCCGCCAUGCACUUGCUAUGGCUCUAAUAGCUCUGACCCCUGGUCAACUUUAUUUAUUAACAUACAAUUAAAAUCACAUUUCAGUACAAGUAAAAUACCACCACAACUAUGUCACUACCCAAAGACAGUAUUUAAAGCUAUUAUUCACUGGUCUUUACAAUAUUUCCACCUACUCUUCUGCAAAGUUGCCUUACUUUUUAGUUUAAUGGUCAGUACAUAAGUUCCAUCUACAGCUGAACACUCUCAUUUGCUCAUUCUAGCACUUUCAACAAUAAUGCUUCUCUAUAUUUAUUACUACCCACUAUAAUAAGCUUCUCUUGUACAAGUUUGGGAGUAGCAUAAACUCUGAAAUAAACCUAAGUAAUUAAGGAAGUUUGACAACAUGGACAAUUAGCAAGACAAUUAUCAGGGUAUUCUCAUUGGGUCCUAAGAGUUUACUUUCCUGUGGUUUGAACAAUGUUCCCAGUCCCAGGAAUGAAUUUUCUCCCAUGGACUGAUCUAAAACCCAAUCAAAAGAGCACUUGGUUACCCCAUAAAAAGUACUGUCAAUAUAGCCCCAGUGGCACAUCUUGUCAGGCAGGUCAGUAUUGUAGUAUCAGGGUCCAUUAGAAAAUAGAACAUUGGAGUCUUUUCUUCCCAGGCAAGCUGGUUAGCACAUUCUAGCAGUAUGUAAGUGAGUCAGUAGCCUGGCCAGUUCAUGACUGAUUUCUCUAUCUUCUGCGCUAAAAUCAUGAGCUGGCUGCACCAGUAGGGAAUUAUGAUACAGUUAUGGAGGGGAACUAAGAGCAAUAUCAAAGGCGGAAUUUCUCUGGAGGCCUCUUGGGACUCUGGGACUGGUAACUAGUAUGCAGAUAAUCGUAAUAGUUUGGGUUCUUCCAGAAAAAAAUCGUCAAGUAGAUGAUGACUGUACCUGUGAGUCUUUAAAGAGCUUCAAAAUCAAACAAUCCAUACUGUAAAAAUAUGAAUAACAUGCAACCGUGGGAAAUUCCCACCCAUCUAAGUACUUUGUCACAUUUCUUAAUCUUCUAGUAACAAACAUAUUGGAGUAACUGAUGAAGAUGUGGUAUAGAAAUAUAAUUCUAGAGUCUGGGAAAAUUCUCAGUGAGAAAAACCAGGAAUUCGAGGAGACAAAAAAGAUACUGUCAGUCCUUUCCAUGUCAGACCCAAGUGUUUCCACUUCCUUCCCCAUGAGAUACUCUCUCCAUCCCAAGUUCAAAGACAUGGAAGAGAAUCUUUGAUCCCUCCAACAUUCACUUAAGUCAUGUUGUACAGAAACUUGUGAUUGUCUCAGCUUACUAUCAACUAGGGGGAAAGUUCUAAAAAAAAGUUCAUAGCUGAUCAUUUCCCAUUGCUACUGAAGGUGAAAUGAUAAUUGCAAGUCUGAGGGGAGAUGAGGUCACAGAAUCAAAGACUUAUAUAUCAGGAAUUGGCUGGCUGUAUCCAGCUGACCAGAUACAUGUGGCCACAGUGCUGAGAUCAGCAUCUGGGUAAGAAAAUAGUGAAUGUAACUGAUUGCCAUCUGAGAGGCAGGGUCCAAAGGAAAAAACUGUCAGAGUCACUGUGCGUAGUCAGAGAAGAAAAAUAAUGUAAGUAAUGUGUAAAAUUGAUCUGAAAUUAAUAAUACUUUAUUGAUAUUAUGCACAAUUUUCAUGUAUUGGUCUUUUCCCCCCACAAGACUGAGUACAUGAUGUAUGACUAUCAUAAUUGUUUGAAAAGGGUCAUUGAAACUAUUCCUAAUAUCAGUCAUUUGAGGACUUGUAUGCCUCUUCUGUUGUUGAGAGAUGGUUGCCUAUUUGCAAAUAACCCAUCAUGAUAUAGGCUACUGUUGCAUUAUAAUUACAGAAAUGCACAAAAAUUAACUGAGGUAGCUCCAUAUUUACUUACAUUUUAAUUAAUCAACAAAAUUAAUCUUUACAACUAUGUGGAAUUUUAUUGCAUCAAAAAAGUAAAUCUCUCUCUCUCUCUCUCUCUCUCUCUCUCUCUCUCUCUCUCUCUCUCUCUCUCUCUCUCUCACUGUCUCUGUUGCCACUCAGCCAGUUUUAGAACCCCAUUUUAGUCUUAACUGGAGUGUGAAUUUAUAAAGAGUUGGCCUCACUAACCCUUAUUCAAGCUUUUUCAUUUUUUUUUUUCGGUUUUUCGAGGCAGGGUUUUUCUGUGUAGUUUUGCGCCUUUCCUGGAACUCACUUGGUAGCCCAGGCUGGCCUCGAACUCACAGAGAUCCGCCUGGCUCUGCCUCCCAAGUGCUGGGAUUAAAGGCAUGAGCCACCACUGCCUGGCCAAGCUUUUUCAUUUUUAUAAUAUAAGUUAUGGUAGUGGCUUCCCCACAUGCCAUAAAAGGUGUAAAGUCAUCUUGUACAUAGAGCCAGGCCCUGUACAUGAUGUAUGAAGAUAAAUUCACAGAAUAAGCCCAGCAACCUCCCAAGGAAAGAAAACUCUGCUGAAUACUUAUACUGAGACUCAUUAUGAAUGACACAAUACAUGUAACCUCUGGCAUCAUCUUCCCAUGCAGGACCCUCAGGCUGACAGCAGGACCUGUCACCUUGGCAGACAGUGAGUUGGCUGUAGGAGUGAUCUUCUUGUCACAGACUGUGGUAGGAAUUCUGGGCAACUCCUAUCUCCUCCACCAUUAUCUGUUGUUUCACUUCAGGGGGUGCAGGUUAAGGUCCACAGACUGGAUUCUGAUGCACUUGACUAUAGCCAACAUCUUAAGUCUGUCCUGUAAAGGGGUACCCCAGAUAAUAGCUGUGUUUGGAUGGAAAGACUUCCUCAGUGAUUUUGGGUGCAAAGGGCUUUUCUACCUCCACAGAGUGGGUAAAGGUGUGUCCAUAGGCAGCACUAGCUUCCUGAGUGUCGUCCAGGCCAUCACCAUCAGCCCAAGGGACUCCAGGUGGGCAGAGUUUAAAGGAAGAACACACAAAUACAUUGGGUCUUCUGUGUUCCUGAGCUGGAUCCUGUACAUGUUUGCCAGUAGUUUUAAUCUUGUGUAUGUGAGAGCAAAAUAUAGCAAGAACAACACAGCAAACCUAAAAGAUCUGGGAUACUGUGCUGCUGAUAAUCUUGAUAAAACCAGUGACAUAUUGUACAUAACCUUCCUGUCAGUUCCUGAUUUUCUCUUUGUGGGGCUCAUGGUCUGGGCCAGUGCCUACAUGGUUUUCAUCCUGCACAGACACAAGCAGAGGAUGCAACACAUGCCCAGGUCCAAGGUCUCCUCCAGGUCUUCCCCUGAGUCCAGAGCCACCAAAACCGUCCUUCUCCUGGUGAGCACCUUUGUAUUCUUUUACACACUCUCCUGCAUAUUUAUCAUCUGUUUAGCUUUUUUUCUUAAUCUCAGUUGGCUCCUGGUGAGUGUGUCUGUGUUAGUUGCUGGAUGUUUCCCAACUGUCAGCCCCUUCCUGCUCAUUAGCCAUUUCUCCAGUACAUCCUGUUGUCUGCUUUCUCUGAAAAAGAAAUAA